AUGAGCGCGGCCGAGGGUGUGAGCCGCGCCCUGGCGGGGGGGCAGCAGCCCCUCAUGACGCCCCCCCGCACCGGGCCCCCCUCGCCGCCCUUCCCCAGCCCGCCCGCCGCGCCCUUCCCGCCCUUCGCCGGGCCCUUCAGCGUGGCCAGCAUGGUGCCCCGCCCCCCCCGCCUGCCCUCGCCCCCCCUGCCCCCCCUGCAACUGCCCGCCGGCCUGGAGUCACCCCCCAGCUGGGGCGCCGAGCCCCACCGACCCCAGGACGCGCGCCCCUCCCCUGGGGCGGAGGAGACGCGGGGGGGCGGCGUCCCCGAGGAGGAAGGGCCACCCGAGGAGGGGCGGACCUGCCUGGCCCCGGAGCCCCCCGCCCCCCCGCUGCUGCGGCCCCCCAUCAGUCAGCUGCUGGAGGGGGGCGGCGGGGGGCGCGGCGGGGGGGCGUGGCGCGGCCUGGAGGGACUGUCCCCGGAGCGGUGCCGGGCGUGGGCGCGUUACUUGGCGCACCUGGCGCCCUCCCACUCCCCCCCGCAGGAGCCCCCCCAGGGUCUGACCCUCACGCCCACGCACACGCCCACCACCUCGCCCGACACCCCCAGCCCGCGCCCCGCGGACGAGGGCAGCCCCCGCCCCGCCCCGCCGCCUCCCUGGGCCAGGCGCCGCCCCUCGCUCACCACCGACGGCCUGCCCAACAAGGCGCCGCGCAGCGACCCCGGGGAGGCGGGGGCACCAGGGGGUCCGGGGCCUGUGCCGGGGCCGGGUCUGGGGACCUUCACGCUGGACCUGACCUACCGGCACCGCCCGGAGGGGCCGCCACACCGCCCACCACACCACCCAGCAUCUCAUCUGCUCUCCAUCUCCGUCUCCUCAUCAUCUCUCCACCUCGUCAUCUCAAUUUUACCAGCAUAUUAG